GAAAGAAGCCUCCGCCUGGCCCCGCCGGGGAGCGCCUGCAGCCGAAGGCGAGAGCCCUCCCGCCCGCCCGCCCGGAGCCGUUGCGAAGCCGGCACCGCCUUCAAGCGGUCCGGGGCCGCCUUCGGCAUCGCCUUCCCGCCGCUCCCCCUUGGCGGGCAGGCGGGACUCCGAGCUGGGCGCCCCCAGGGGACUUCCUUCUUCUUUCCCCGGCCAGGUCUUCGCUUUCCCGGCCGGACGCGUCUCCUCUUCGCUGCACCUUCGGAGAGGCGCGGAUGCCACCGCCGGGCAUGGCUUCCCUGCGCGUCUGAGCCGAGGGGCAGAAAAGCGGCCCGAAGACGGAAGCGAUGAGCCCUUUCCAGCAAGCGAUGUGCUGCCUCCUCCUCCUCCUCUUGCAGUAUGCAGAGGCCAAAAAGCACUGCUGGUACUUCGAAGGGGUGUAUCCCAUAUAUUAUAUCUGUCGCCCUUAUGAAGACUGCUGUGGUUCAAGAUGUUGCGUAAGGACUCUGUCUAUCCAGCGACUAUGGUACUUUUGGUUCCUUCUGAUGAUGGGCGUUCUCUUUUGUUGUGGGGCAGGCUUUUUUAUCCGAAGGCGAAUGUAUCCUCCACCGCUGGUUGACGAAACGACUUACAACGUGUCAUACACCCGGCCACCUAACAGCGGCACUGCAGGGAUGCCCUACUACACAGAACCAGAAGGAGCAGUGAUGAACCCCAUGGCUAUGGCCUACCACGUCCAACCGAAGUCUCCGCAAGUGAACCCUGGCUACCCGCCUCCACCGUCUUACUGCAACACGCCACCCCCACCAUAUGAGCAGGCCGUGAAAACUUCCACAUAACCUCUCUACUGCAGCAGAAGCUGGCUUCGCCAGAAAAGGGCAGGAUUGAGAGCAGUGGAAUAUUCCACAACGUACUCCAGUGCCCUUUUGCCCUCCUGCUUGGCAUCCUUUGGAUGGGAGCUGCCGCUUUGCAGCAAAGAUUGAUUCUCUUCUGACACCUUCAGAACAAGAGCCAAGGCUUUUUUUUACUGCCCCUUCCCUUUCUUGGAAACUUGUAUUUAAAUACCUUUUAUGCUUUCCUUUUAUUUAUUCUCUUUGUGGAUUCCAAGGCAUAUUUAAAGACAUUGGCAUGGCAUGGUAUGGUAGUAAGCACAAAAUGCUGUAAAAGCCAAAAUGUAGUAUUUUUAAAUAGAGAGGGAGCAAGUGUGGGACAGACAGUUGGAACCAGAUGAAACUGGUGAUGCAGCAAGCUGUUUUUUGCUAGCAAAUUCAUAAGAAGGGAUUGGAUGAAGUAGACCCUGAAGAACUCUGGGGAAAACAACAUGUGACCAAGGGUUCCGUGUUUCGCUUGCACGAACCUUUGGAGGAACAAAGCCACUCCUUAUCCCCGGCAGCCCAUUUUUUCUCCCUGCCUCUUUUUGGGGUCACGGUUGCCAAGAACAAAUAUGUAUAAAAGUACUGUGAAUGAUACGAAUUUCAUAGCAAGCUGUUGAUGUGCAUGGAAAAGGGAAACAUUCAAGACCAACAGUGACAUAGCUACACUGAGCAAUGAAACUAUGAUCGCCCAGAAAAAAAAUCUCUUAACGUGAUUUUUUUAAAAAAACAACAACCCUAAAAUACAGUAAAAUGUGGGUUGCGCUGUUGAUGUGGGGUCCCUUUGCUCAUUAUUUAGGAGUAUGCUUAAGAUUUUUUUUCAUGUACUCUUAAAAUAUAAAAUUGGGACUGCAGCCAGACAUGUGUAUCCCAGAUGGUUGAGUGUGGUGAGGGUAUCUGGGAUUCUCUUGCUGUAAUGUGUGAUACAUUCAGUUAGGUUGGAUGUUUUUGUAUCUCUUCUGCACGUUCCUUUCAGGCUUUCGUCUCAUAUUGCUUUCAAAAUCCUCUCAAGCUGAUUUCCACCCAUCUUUGUAAUUUCUUCAAUUGAAAGCCCCUCACCAAGAUUCCUGUGAUUCAUUGAGAAGUGAAUGAAAGUCCUCCAGAGGGUUGAAUCUCAAGCUGUGGGCAUGUGAUGAGGAAAGGCAACUUGUGGAAAACAUCAGUUACGAGUCCCCCUCACAGUCAUUUUGCCCCUCCAGACUGGGUAUGAGAAGAGCAUCUGCCAUUUUGUUACAACUUGGGUGAAAUCUUCCAGGUUUGUCUUCCAUUACUACGGCCUUCUAUCUUUGACAUUAUGAAGUUCUACCAGCUCUUGCUUCUCAACCUUUCCAGACUGCUGGAUGAGGCGUUGCCCGUUUGCAACGUGGAGAUCCUUCCCUCCUCAUCUUUAUAUCAGCUGCUGAAUUGGGAGACCAGCUUCUGUCAUCCUUUCUCUUCUGCUCUAAUCACUUUGUUCAUUCACCACUACUGCCUGUUGGUACUUCCAGGGCAGCCGGUAUGCCCUACAACGAGUAAAAGAGGGAAGUCGAAGAAGACAAGGCAACAAGGGAAAAGCUGGGAGAGAAGCAAAAAGCUGGGAGAGAAGCGGCUGCCAACUUUGUCUCCCCUUUCAGCUGUGGCCUAAAGGAUAAAGGGGGAGUCUCUGUUUUGCAAUUUGGCACA